AUGGCAGAUUCAACAGAUUUCUACAGACGGUAUUUCGGGAAACUGUUUAACCUGCUGCAAGUGCGCCCAAUCGAUGAGGAGGUUCUGGCGACCGCAGUCCGAAGGGGGUUCCUGUCAGUAAAAGACCGCCUUACAGCCCAUGGCUACCCCAACUUUUCAACCACAGCCAAGUUGCGGCUGGUCUUGGAUGAGGCCCAGAUUCUAGGCGACUGGAGCCCCACACUAUUCCAAUCAUUGUUCCAGGAAUCUGAGAAGCGGACCAUGUUUUCUUCUGUGUUGGAUGGGUUCCGAGGAGAGAAUCGGGAACGUCGAGAGAACCUCUGCGGUGAAUUUGUCCGGCUUGGAGGCAAGACUGCCAAACACCUCAGUCAGUUCCCAUCGUUCUCUUCCAUUGAGGAAACACUGAGGCUCUUCCUUCUCCGGUGGUAUAUCCUGGGCGAGACCGUGCUUAUGCUGGACGACCAGGUGCAGUUGGUGAAGGCAGCAUUUGGACGGAUCAAGUUGCUUGGAGGUAUUGCAAGAACAGUUCUUGAUGAGCCGUUUGCCUUGAAGGCAGCUGAGAACUACAUCCGCGCAAAGGGUCCACUAUUUGUUGAUGCUGCGGAACGGGCGAUGCUGCGCUCGACCAAUGCUUGGGUGCACGGAAACAUGUGUGAGACCAUGAUGCCGGCCUUGUUCGUGGAGACAUUCAAGGAUCGUCCUCUCUCCUCUUGGCGUCUAUUACCUAACGACAGCAUCCCCGAUCUGCUCGCUGGCCAGGUGAUGAUUGUGGGAUACAAUGAGAAGGACCCGCAACUCGGAAUCCCAUAUAGCUACAUCACAACGACGGAGUUUAUGAAGGCACACUUCAAACACAACUCGAAGCGGGGAGACAAAGCUAUCCCCCCAUUCUACUUCCCAUCUCCCCAAGUCUCUGGCCCUGACAUUAUUUUUUUCGUCCAGGUCAACGGACAGUAUUUUCCGGUGUUUGUCCAGCUCAAGCUGCGACAAGCACUUCCACGCAGUGACGCCGAGCAAGCGCUUGCAACGGUCAGCAGUCGUACUAUCGAGGAGAAUCUGGAGCAGGAGAGACCGGAGCAGGAGGCAGACCAUCAAAAGCCAGAAAAGCAAAAGCCGCCAAAACUUCAAGACUAUUGCUCCGCCAAAGUUUAUAUUAGCAUAGUGAUCUCCUACCCUGCAGCGGUGGUCAGUUCCCGAGAUCCGAUCCAUCCUGACCCCAAGCUGGAGUUGGAGCCCGAUAAUCUGCACCCUGUUACCGUCAGGGUGGACGACAGCAGCUUUGCGCAGAUCUUCCCAGAACAUCAUGUCAAGCUCCUCGACAAGCUUAAACAUUUUAAGCGAGGCACGGAAGACCAACAAGAUCAGGAUCAACUUAAAAAGCUGAGGGUCGAUCCCAACUAG